CAGCACGGUGGUCCGCGUUAAGCCAAUGAAAGCUGGAGGCGGGCUAAUGUGAAGAAGGACUAUCGUAUAGCGGUGUAGGUGCGGCAGGACGGUACAGGGUACACUUUCCAGGCGGUGACAGAAGUUGUGUAGUCAGCGGAGAGUCCUGGCAAGUGUUUGUGACCCUUUAAGGUUUUGAGGCUGACGUCUGGUAACUCAAACCUUCAGCUCCCUCCACGUACUUUCUAUGGGAUUAGAGACGUGCUAGGCUACUCCAGUGCCCUAAAGUGGUAGUAAACUCAGAAUUACACACCAUGUCCAAGAAGUUGCUGCUGGUGGAUGUGGAUUGUGGGGUGGAUGAUGCCCAAGCACUUAUGUUGGCUCUGGCAGCUCCUGAUGUCGAAAUCUUGGGUAUAACCUGCUGUCAUGGAAACUCUACCCUGGAAAAUGUCUGCAGGAAUGUCCUGUGUGUUCUGAAAUGCUGCAAUAGACUUGAGAUUCCUGUUUAUGGUGGAGCAAGCAGACCGCUACUUGGGAAAAAUAUCCAUGCAAGCGAAUAUCAUGGAGUAGAUGGCUUGGGCAAUGUUUCAGAUCUUGCAUUCCCUGGUCACGAAGCCUUGAACAAAGAACAUGCAGUUCUUGCAAUGCUGAGGAUAGCCAAUGAACAUCCUGGGCAGGUAAUUCUUGUUGCAACUGGUCCAUUGACAAAUCUGGCUUUAGCUCUCAAUAUGGAUCCAACUUUCCCACAAAAGAUCAAAAGCCUUUUCAUUAUGGGAGGUAACAUGGAGUCUAGAGGAAACUUCACUGCUUGUGGCGAAUUCAACUUUUUAUGUGAUCCAGAAGCUGCAUAUGCAGUUCUAAAUGGCUUUGAUUGUCCAACUCACAUUUCCACUUGGGAGUUCACUUUUAAAAACAUGCUACCUUGGACAUUUUACAAGGAGUGGCUCGCCCAGGAUACCCAGAAGGCAGACUUCAUGAGGAAAAUUUCAGCUCAUUGUGAGAAAUACACAGAAGGAUGCACUGGCAAAGCAGGGGAAGCAUGGACUGAAGGAUUUGUGCCGUGUGAUUCUUAUGCCAUGGUGGCAGCCAUAGACGAUAGCUUUGUUACCAGUGUCAUUCACUGUGCGGUAAGCGUAGAGCUCAGUGGUGCACUGACUCGGGGGAUGAUGGUGUUGGAUCUGCGGGAGACACUGCAAAAAAAACAUAAAGCUUUUAUCCUGACUAAAUGUGACACAGAGAAGUUGAAAAGUCUUUUAAUGGAAGCAUUGAAAUAACCUGUCUCAUUGUACCAGAUUGUAGUGAGGAAGUGAUCACUUCUCUGCUGCUAUUAACCACAUAACCACAAGAAUCGUGCCAAUGCUAGUAUCAGAACAGGGAGCAGCCAUCAGUUAAUUCUUAAAAA